AUGGCCGUAACAAGCUUGCUGCAGUGCGUGGCCAUCAGCUCGCUGCUCUAUCUGGCAGCAGGGCUGGCCAUUCUCCUUUACUUCACCACCAGCUGGAAGAAGAGAGUUUGCAAUUUGCCUCCCGGACCACAGCCUCUUCCUCUGAUUGGAAACUUGAAUGUGGUGGACCUGAAAAAGCCAUUCCAGUCGCUGACAGAGCUCUCCAAGCUAUAUGGCAAUGUCUUCACCGUGCAUUUUGGACCCAGGAAAGCUGUGGUGCUGGCUGGCUACGAAACCAUCAAGGAUGCCCUCUUAAAUCAUGCUGAAGAAUUCGGAGAGAGAGCAGAAAUACCCAUAUUUAGGAAAAUGACACGAGGAAAUGGCAUAGCAUUCAGCCACGGAGAGUUAUGGAAAACUAUGAGAAGAUUCACCUUGUCCACACUGAGAGAUUUCGGAAUGGGAAGGAGAACGAUUGAGGUCCGAAUCCUCGAGGAACUGAAUUCUCUAAUUAAAUAUUUUGAAUCUUAUCAAGGGAAACCAUUUGACACGAAGAUGAUCCUCAACAAUGCUGUAUCCAAUGUCAUCUGCUCCAUACUGUUUGGAGAGAGGUUUGAAUAUGAUGAUCCAGCAUUUCUCACUUUGCUGAAGCUGUUAAAUGAGAAUACCAAGCUGCUGGGCUCUCCGAUGGUGCUGUUGUAUAACUUCUACCCAUCCCUUGGAUUUCUCUUUGGAGCUUCCAAGACCGUGCUACAAAAUAUCAGGGAGCUGAGUGCUUUCCUCCAGAAACUCUUCAAGGAGCACAAAGAAGAAUUUAAUGAGAAUAACUUAACAGGCUUCGUUGAUGCCUUCAUGAUGAAGCAACAACAGGAGUCAAAGAAACCCCACAGUAUGUUCCACAAUGAAAGCCUGCUGUUUUCAACCCUGGAUCUCUUUGCUGCUGGGACUGAGACUACUUCUACAACCGUGCGCUGGGGUCUCCUUCUGAUGAUGAAAUACCCAGAAAUUCAGAGAAAAAUUCAGGAAGAAAUGAACCAGGUGAUUGAGCCGGGGGAGAUGCCGAAGCUGGAGGACCGGAAAAGGAUGCCUUACACAGAGGCGGUGAUACACGAAGUACAAAGAUUUGCCAACAUCGUCCCGAUGGGGGUGUCACGAUCAACACCUACAGAUGUGAAUUUCCAAGGUUAUGUGAUUCCUAAGGGUACAGAGAUUAUACCGCUGCUGACCUCUGCUCUAAAUGACGAGCUGCACUGGAAAACCCCGCAUCAGUUCAACCCUUCCCACUUCCUGGAUGCUGAUGGGAACUUUGCUAGGAGAGAGGCAUUUAUUCCAUUCUCCAUAGGACGAAGGGCUUGUGUUGGAGAAGGCCUGGCCAAAAUGGAGCUGUUCCUCUUCUUCGCAGGCUUGCUCCGCAAAUUUGUUUUCCAGCCCCCUCCAGGGGUGAACACAGCAGAGCUGGAUCUCACUGCUGACGUCGGCUUCACCCUCAACCCCAUGCCUCACCUGGUCUGUGCUGUGCCCUGCAAGUGA